UUCUUCCCUCCCAUUCCUUUUUCCUCUUUUUUAUUUUCUUCUUUUUGGUUUUUAUUCGUAGCUUCAGUGCAUUCCUUACACAAAUAUUUUUUGACUUAUUAACACAUGAAAGCCUGUAUAUGCAUUGACUAUUUAUCUCAUGAAUGGACCACCAACGACUUGCUUGAAACCUUCAAAGGCCUUAAUAAACAGUGCUCAAAAACGAAAUUUUCCUUAGCUACCAAGGAUCUAUCUUGUCGACAAAGAAGAAAGUUAAAUGUGGAACGUAAUAAGCAACUUCGGUACCAAAAUGCUGUAUGGAGACAAAUGGCAAGAUACUGCACAAAGAGACUUGGUUAUUCGAACUCGAUGGUAUCGCCUUCCUCAGUCAAUUGGCAAAAGGAAUCUGACAUUACAUGGUUAUACGGUCCCUUAUACAUCACAACUCAUACUAAUACAGCAGAACCACAUGAGCCAUCAUCUGACGAUAUCCGAAAACUCACAUCCUCAUCGAAAGCUUCCUCUUACAAUAAUAACCUCCACAGCACCACAAAAGUAAAAUCAAUAUUGAAAAGGAAUAGAUUAUCUACUUCUAUCUAUAGAUAUGGUAGUGACAAGUCACCCUUUGAGCGUGUAGACUAUUGGAAUCACCGGUAUUGGUCGAAGUGUGCCUCUGAUACAGGCAAACAAUCCACUGUUCGAUUUAGCUCUGAAAUUAUAGAGAUCAGUUACUUGCCAGAGAAUCCUGUCGAUAAAUCGCUCAAUGAACACUACAGUUAUGAAUAUCGUACCUACGAUAAUGAUGACAAUGAAAAUGAGAAUUAUAGUAGUGGAGACGGAAACGAUGACGAUGACGAUGAUAGUGAUGAUGAAGAGUUUUGGAAACUGAUGGUUUUAGUAGGUCAAUAUGUCAAGGAAAGAAUUGCACAGCAACAAUCCACAGCCAGGAUCAAGAAUUACUUGCUUGUUCAAUGUUGCAUUUCCUUGCUCUCAGCCACUACUUGGCUUAUGUACCAAGCAUGUUAUUACUUAAUGUUCAAAAGCCUACAGGUAGUGCACCAAGCAGCUAAAACAACAUUGAAAAUGAGCAAGCAGAAGGCAAUAAUAAUAAAGGCUACUACAAAACCAACUUCUGCUGUAUCAACAAGCACCAUUAAACGAAACUACACUACAAUAAGACGUCAAAGCAAUACUACCGAUCAUAAUACUUAUAACAAUAAUAGGACUAAAAAGAUAACAAGUUUCAAAGAGCAGUAAUAAAUGAACAACAAACCCAAGCUAAAUACAGCUAUAUGCAAAAUGCAUGCUUCGUGGUUCUGUCAGAGUAUCAAGUCUUUACCAUCAAACAUCGUAUUAGAAGGAAGGAAUGCCUUUAAGUAAAAAAAAAAACAAAAAAACAAAAACCGAAUGACAGAAAUCUGCCAGUUGAGUGACAUCAAAG